AUGGCCGACUUGCUAGAUUCGCUGGAUCGGCUUCCCAAGAUCCGUCAGUUCGAUGCCUUUCCCAAGACGCAAUCCAUCUACACACAGCGUUCAUCCAAAGGUGGAGUGCUCACCAUCGUCUCCACCGUGACGCUUCUGUUCCUGCUAUGGACCGAACUCUCCUCUUACCUCUACGGCGAACGCGGGUAUUCCUUUUCCGUGGAUGAUCAGCUACAGUCGACGAUGCAGAUCAACAUGGAUAUGACUGUAGCGAUGAAGUGCCACUAUCUGACCGUCGACGUUCGAGAUGCGGUGGGAGAUCGAUUGCAUGUUUCGGACUCGGAGUUUACCAAGGAUGGGACGACGUUUGAGAUCGGACAUGCGGAUCGAUUGGACGCUCUACCUAUGCAGGAGAUCUCGGUGCAGAAGACGAUCAACCAAGCACGUCGCAAACCGCUGUAUCGGAAGAAGCCGAAGAACAAAAAGUUCAGUCGACAGGUGGCUUUCCAGAAGACAGCACACGUCGUCCCCGACGGUCCAGCAUGCAGGAUCUACGGCAGCAUGGAAGUCAAACGUGUCACGGGAAACCUGCACAUCACAACUCUCGGUCAUGGAUAUCUGAGCAUGGAGCGUACCGAUCACAAACUCAUGAAUCUCUCCCACGUCAUCCACGAAUUCAGUUUCGGUCCUUACUUUCCCGAAAUCUCCCAACCGCUAGACUCUUCGGUGGAGACGACGGACAAACACUUUACCGUGUUCCAAUACUUUAUCUCUGCAGUACCGACGCUGUUCGUCGACGCCAGAGGUCGCAAACUGCACACGCAUCAAUACAGCGUCACCGACUACACCCGACAGAUCGAACACGGAAAAGGCGUACCCGGCAUCUUCAUCAAGUAUGACAUCGAACCUCUGCAAAUGACGAUCCGAGAAAGGACGACUGGAUUCCUGCAAUUCCUGGUACGGCUAGCCGGCGUCUUGGGAGGUGUAUGGGUAUGCGUCGCUUACGCCUUCAGAGUCACCAACCGCGUAGCAACCUUCGCCACCGGUAAAGGCGAGAGGGAGAGGGAAGAAUCCUACGCUGCCAGCUACGGCUACCAGAGACCCAAGAUGGAGAAGUCGGACAGCUGGUUGACCAAGAACGAUGCGGUGGACAGACUGAAGGACAAAUGGGCUGGGUUUGGAGGAGGAAAGGGCGGUCAUAGGAAGGUGGAUAGCGUUCAACAGAGGAUAUUGUCGGAAGAAGGGAGGGCGUUUUGA